AUGAAAUACCCUCUUUUGGAUGAUUAAAAUUCAUUGGAAUUUAGCAUUAGAGCAAGUACAAUAAAUAAAUCUUCUAUUUUGUAUGAUAUUCCAGCAAUUGCUUAACUUUAACUUUUUGAUGUUAGUUAGGAUUUUGAUUCACUAUUUGACAAAUAUCGCUGUUAGUAAAUGUUCUCUAAGGAAAUUAAAGUGUUCAAGGCAGAAACAAAUAGGAGGUUUUACCCUAAAAUAUUAAAUGCAAUUCCUGUUUUUCAUCCAGAAUCAAGUGGUUUAUUGAUUUGGCAAUUAAUUGUAGUAAUCAUAAUAUUCACUUACCUAUUUUACAUUCCUUUUAAAGUAUUUGUAUAUCGAUAUUUUAGAUAGCUUUCACCGAUCAGAAGGAUGGUCUCAAUCCGAAUAACAUUUUUGUUGUGAAAUCCUAUUUGAUCUUUUCUAUCAUUAUGCUAGGGGCUGACCUUUUGGUAAGCUUUAACACAGGUAUAAAAAAAUAAGGGGAAGUGAUAUUGGAUCGUAGAGAGAUUGCUUAAAAGUAUGUGGUUUGGGUAUUGCAGCAAGUUAAUAUAAAUCUUAGGAAUUCGAAUUAGAUUUGCUUGGAGUAAUAUCACUCAUGUUGUCAUUGAUACUCUAAAACGAUUAUAUUAGAAUUCUUUUCUAUUUAAGAUCUUAUUACGUAAUAAGAUUCAGUGAGAAGAUUGAUCAUUCCUUACAAUUGAGAAGCAGUAAUUAUACAAAAGUUAUUGUAGAUUGGAAGGCAGCUUACACAGUAUUGAAAUUGAUAAUCGUUGUUUUGUUUGUCAACCACCUAAUGGCUUGUUUCUUUUUUGGCGUAUCUUUCGAGGAAUAUCAGAGAGAUGAAGAAGGAAUAUCGAGUAUCCCAACUUGGAUUGAAUACAAUGGAUACCUCGAGAAUGACUAAACUAUUCAGUCCUUAUCAUAUUGGUAAAGGUAUGUAGUUUCCUUUUAUUGGGCUACCACAACUGUUUCGACUGUUGGAUAUGGAGAUAUUACACCUAAGAAUAGUUAUGAAAUUGGGAUCACUCUCAUUACUAUGAGUAAAUAUUGAAUUUUAAAUUAGUUAUUGCUGGAAUGGUUUUUGCAUUCAAUGUAGCCUCAAUUCGAGAAGUAAUCGUCGAUUUGAAUUCUCAAGAAAUCAGGUACAAUAGUUAUGAAGCAGUUAUCAAUCGUUAUAUGAAGAUCAAAAACAUUUCGGUGUCAACUCAAGCCAGAAUUAUCGAUUAUUAUCAAUAUAUAUGGUAAGAUGAGAAGAACAGGAACAGACCCAUAGAAUAAUUCCUCAUCUCUAGACUUGCUCCUGAGUUAAGAUAACAAUUGUAAUAUGAGACUCAUAUCAAUUUUGUUAAAUGCUAAAUAUUCUGGAAUCUUGAUUUCUCUGAAAUGUUCAUUCGUUCCCUUGUUUAAUAUAUGCAAGAAGAGAGCUAUGGACCUGGAGAAAAUAUUCACUUUAAUCUCCUACAUCCUCAUUUGAUGUUUCUAUAGAAUGGAGAAAUUUUGAUUGUACUUUACUUCUCAAUUAUUAGUAUGUUGAUACUGCUCAUACUUUUAUUAAUAUUAAGACUAAAAUUGACUUGGUUAAAUCUGGAUAAUGUCUGGGCCAAUUAUCCUUCUUUACAGAAUAACGAUUUCCUUACAAAGCAGAAACUUUAACCUGUUGUAAUAUGUAUAAAUUAUCAAAAUCUAAUUUCUUGAAUGAAAUUAUCAACUUCCCCAAAGAUUUUGAAAUUUAUCAUUCUAUCAUUUCCUAAUAAUACACUGAUCAAUCAAAACUUUUUAACCAAUUAGAUUUAAAAUGUUUCACCUGUCAAUCUGACAACCAUUUAGCAGAUUAAUGUGAAGUGACUCACUAUUAUCCAAAAUAUAUAUUGGCUCACAUUAAAGUCAAGGAUGAUCAAUAGAAAAGAGAAGAAUGUCAAAGGAAAAAACGUUCGCAAUAAAAUUCAGUAUUCAUAUCCAAAAAAGUUUAACUCUCAAUUUUUGAUUAUAAUAUUAGAAUAAGAAAGUUAAAGCGAAUUUUUAUGAAAUAAUAAAUCUAAUUUGAAACGAUAGAGGAAAUAGAAGAAGAAGAAAACUAAGAAUAAUAUUAUGAUGAUAUUGGCGAAAUUAAAAAUAUGAUCAGCUUAAUCAUGAAUACAAUUGGUAUCAAACAAUAGUAACCUUUCAAACCACAUAAUGUGUUCAUUCCAUAAAGUAUAGUUUAUAUCCAUAAUAGAACCUAAAUUUGAUCCUUAUGAAACUUCAUUUGAAAUAGAUUUAGUUAAAAAUUAUGACCACUUUUAUCCUAAAUACAAUCUAGACAAUAUUAUCAAAAGGUUAUUCUGA